AGAAGAAGAAGGAAAACACGUUGCAACUACCAGAAAACUUUAGGCAGCACGUGUGUCGCUUUUUUCUCUUUGCAAAGCACGCUGCAAACAGCAAGCAAACAUUUUGUCUAAUCAAAAACAUGACAAAGGUAAAGAAGGAAAAAGCCAUCAAGGAGGAGGCUGGAGCGACGGAGACUGGAGGGACAGAGAAAUCGUAUGUAGAGUUGAUUGCAAACAUCAACCCAAUCGCGAAUCCGCUGGCCACCAAGAAGCUAAGCAAGAAGCUCUACAAAUGUGUCAAAAAGGGUGAUUUAACCUGUUUUAUUAGCUUAAUGUACCCACCGCCAGAUACACGUUAAGAUAUGAAAUGUAUUUGCUAGUGAUAUACAGUCAGGUAACUAGCUAAGUAGUGUAGCUUGGUAAAUAGUGAAAGUUAGCUAGCUUGCUUACGUUAGCACGUGUCCUAGCUAGCGAGUUGGCAACUGAAAUUUUUGUUGCCGCACUGUCAACAAGACUAGCACGUUUCUUAUUUCCAACGCUCUUAUGGCCCUUUUCAGCAUCGAAACUCAAACAAAUUCGCAGAGGAGUGAAAGAAGUCCAGAAGUUUAUCAACAAAGGAGAGACUGGGUAAGUUUUGUUCUCAGUGUGCUAAUGUUAGCUGUAUGGUGCAUUAUCCCCUGUUUAGGUGUAACAUCCAGAUAACUAACAUGUAACUUUUUUGCAGCAUUGUGGUGUUGGCUGGGGAUACUCUUCCAAUCGAUGUUUACUGCCAUGUACCAGUCAUGUGUGAGGACAGGAGUCUGCCAUAUGCCUACAUUCCCUCAAAAGUGGUGAGUAAUCAUUUUACCUAUACAUCUUGAAGGAAAAUGUAAACCAUAUACAGGUAACUGCCGAAAUAAAGGAAACACCAACAUAGUGCCUUAAUAGGGCGUUGGGCCACCACGAGCUGUCAGAACAGCAUCAAUGCAUCUUGGCAUAGAUUCUACAAGUGUCUAGAACUAUUGGAGAGAUGCAAUGCCAUUAUUUGGUGUUUAGUUGAUGGUGGUGGAAAACACACUCAGGCGCUGAUCCAGAAUCUCCCAUAAGUGUUCAAUUGCGUUGAUCUGGUGACUGACACUUUAAACCCCCCAUGAUCCUUUGAGACCCCUCUUUCAAAGUCGGAGGUCUUCUAGCCAUGGUAGCCAUAAUAAUGGGCAACUGGGCUUUUUUAUAUAUUACCUUAAGUAUUAUGUGGAUGUUAAUUGCUUAAUUAACUCAGGAGCCACACCCGUGUAGACGCACCUGCUUUCUAAAUACUUUGUAUCCCUCAUUUACUCAAGUGUUUCCUUUAUUUUGACAGUUAUCUAUAGCUUACUAUGAAUUGCUGACAUAUGUUAGUUUUCCCCCAGUAAAUCACAUACCAUCCCAUUUGUUCAGGGGUUUCAUCUCUAGUCCGGCUAAACAUAUGGUGAUGUGAAUGAUUGCCUUAUAACCCUGCGAUUUGUCUCUUCAGGACCUUGGUUCAUCUGCUGGCUCAAAGCGGCCCACCUGCGUCAUCAUGAUCAAAUCUCAUGAGGACUAUAAGGAGGCCUAUGAUGAGUGUUUCGAGGAGGUUUCUGCCCUGCCUAAACCCCUCUGAACCCUGUCAAUGGCUAGUGGACUCAGAUGGACAGGCAUACCCCUAUCGUAUCUGAGAAUGUCUGGCUGUAGGCAGAAUGAAUGAGGGAGUGAAAUUGACUGUUUCACACUAGAGCCAAGCUACAGGGUGUUGUAGUAAUAUCUCUGUGUACAUUGAAGCCGGAAUAUCAUACACUAGCAGUGAUCCCCAUAAAAUGUCAACAGGGCAUAUGAAGGUAGAUGAUGCCCCUUUUUUGGUGUUUUAAGUAUGUGUUGGCUUGUAACUGUAGCUGCACAUGAACUUUAUUUUCCUAAUUCUGUGGGAUCCAUGCAUUGUCCACGGCCAAGUACAUACUUUUUGAAUAUUCUAUUGUGUGUUUUCAUAACUCGUGUGAUUUAAAUGUCGCAGCUACUAUGGCUUGCACUGCUUUAAAACAUUACUUUUGGUAUCAUUUAAAUAUGAAAAGAAGUCAGCACCCACUGUUUUUGUUUUUCAACAAGUAAACAGAACACUAUAUUGUGAUCACCCUCAUUGUAUUUGAAUGGUCAGGACUCAGGUAAGGUUACAGAUAAUAUGCUGAACUUAUCUUGUGUAUACUUUUUUGUUCGCUUGAACAGACAGUUCUAAUUGAGUGACCAUAUGGGACUACAGGAUGCCUGCUCAGUUAAACAUCACAUGAUUUCUUGCAAUCCCAUUCUCAUUGCAGUUGUAAACUACUGUAUCAUAACUCCUAUUUUGAAAUUUGGUAGGUAAAAUUCUAUUCAUCAUUUGUCUUAGAUGUGUCUUGUCACAGGCAUAUAGACAUCUCCCUUUGCAUAAAGGUUAUUCUGAUUCUGUUUUGAGGAACGUAAAUUGGCAUGUGAUACAUUGCUGUAUUGAUGCAAUAAAUACC